AAGAAGUUUUCUAAAGUUAUGCAGAAGAAGUUUGAGAUGAGCAUGAUGGGAGAACUCAGUUACUUUCUUGGUUUACAAGUUAAACAAGUUCCAGAAGGCAUCUUUAUCAACCAAGGGAAGUACACCAGAGACUUAAUCAAGAAGUUUGGAAUUGAUAGAAAAUCUCCAGUCAAGAUUCCCAUGAAUGCAUCUCAAGGGAUUGGACCAGAUGAUGAAGGAAAAGAUGUUGAUGCAACAACUUAUAGAGGAAUCAUUGGAUCUCUCCUCUAUCUGACUGCAAGCAGACCAGACAUAGCAUUUGCUGUAGGAAUCUGUGCCAGAUACCAAUCAAAGCCCAAGGAAAGCCAUUUGGUUGCUGCUAAGAAGAUCAUCAGAUAUAUCAAAGGAAAUCCAAAUGCAGGACUAUGGUAUCCCAAGGGAGGUAACUUUGAACUAAUU